CUAGCCCUCUGAAACCUGACAUAACACCCCAAGGGGAAGAAACUGCCAGGGACAGAUAACAUGGAGGCCAACGUGCAGGACAGUAAGUCUACACCAAACCACGUUAUUUUCAAGAAGAUCUCCCGGGACAAAUCGGUGACCAUCUACUUGGGGAAGAGAGACUAUAUAGACCAUGUUGACCAAGUAGAGCCUGUUGAUGGUGUCGUGCUGGUGGAUCCUGAGCUCGUGAAGGGAAAGAGAGUGUACGUCUCUCUGACCUGCGCCUUCCGGUACGGCCGGGAGGACAUCGAUGUGAUCGGCCUGAAGUUCCGCAGGGACCUGUACUUCACCCAGGUCCAGCUGUUCCCUCCUGUGGAGGCCUUGGGAACCCUCACGAAGCUACAGGAGAGCCUGAUCAAGAAGCUAGGGGACCACACGUACCCCUUCCUGCUCACGUUUCCCGACUACUUACCCUGCUCGGUGAUGCUGCAGCCAGCUCCACAAGAUGUGGACAAGUGCUGUGGGGUCGACUUCGAGGUCAAAGCCUUUGCCACACCCAGCACAGAUACGGAAGAGGACAAAAUUCCCAAGAAGAGCUCUGUGCGUUUGCUGAUCCGGAAGGUACAGCAUGCGCCGCAAGAGAUGGGUCCCCAGCCCCAAGCGGAGGCCUCCUGGCAGUUCUUCAUGUCCGACAAGCCCCUGCACCUCGCCGUCUCCCUCAGCAAAGAGAUCUAUUACCACGGGGAACCCAUUCCUGUGACUGUGACCAUUACCAAUAAUACAGAGAAGACGGUGAAGAAGAUUAAAGCGCUAGUGGAACAAGUGGCCAACGUGGUUCUCUACUCGAGUGAUUAUUACACCAAGCCGGUGGCCAUGGAGGAAACACAGGAAAAAGUGCCGCCAAACAGCACCUUGACCACGACGCUGACCCUGGUGCCCUUGCUGGCUAACAACCGCGAGAGAAGGGGCAUCGCCCUGGACGGGAAAAUCAAGCACGAGGACACGAACCUUGCCUCCAGCACCAUCAUAAAGGAGGGCAUAGACAGAACCGUCAUGGGGAUCCUGGUGUCUUACCAGAUCAAGGUGAAGCUCACGGUGUCAGGCCUUCUGGGAGAGCUCACCUCCAGUGAAGUGGCCACUGAGGUGCCGUUCCGCCUCAUGCACCCCCAGCUUGAGAACCCAGAUAAGACCAAGAAAAGUUUUCAGGAUGAAAAUUUUGUUUUUGAGGAGUUUGCUCGCCAAAAUCUGAAAGAUGGAAGAGAAGUUAAGGAAGAGAAGACAGACCAGGAGGUGGCCGUGGAUGAGUGAAGAGGCCGGCUCAGGACGCGGGAAAUGGGGUCGUUAGCAGCACGGUAGCAGCGCCCCACAGUUAGCCCUUUAGU